AUGACACCCAUUGAGACUGGCGAAGAUGUCAAGUCGAUGUUUCGAUGUCAUAUAACAUUUUCUCAAUUACCCACCAUUGAGAUAUAUGUUCGUCUAGUCGAAAAUCUUGAAGAACAACCGACUCACAAUGAAAAUCUCAGUUAUCCAACGCAAUCUAUACAGUCACACGAGUACGGAAUGAGUCAAGCCAUUGACGAAGAACCGACUCAAAAUAAUGAACCUUUCAUACCAAAUGAAGAGGUAGGCGAGAAUAAUGAGGAUGAUCAAGAAGAGGCUCGAUUUGAAGAUCUAUUUGGUGUUAGCGAUGACGAUGGCAAUGAAGACAUCUUCGACACACCGACCGUUGCACUAAGAGCUCAACCAAUUAGUUUGUACAACCCACAUGUCCACAUGAAAAAUAUAAGUUUGGAUGAUGUUGAACCAAUCUCCAUUUUCGGAAGUUUCAUACCAACUCACAAUGCUGACGAAAUAGAGGAGGGCGUCGAGUAUGAAAAUAAGGAAGAGUGUGUUUUGGCAUUGCAACAAUGGCAUAUAAAACGUAGUCUAGAUUUUUCUGUGACUAAAUCUGACAAUGUACGUUAUGUCAUCAAAUUUAGAAAUUCAACAUGCAAUUUCAAAUGCAGGGUUUCUUUGCGUAAGGGAAACUCAAGGUGGAGAGUUGGUAAGUCUGGUGGGCCUCAUACGUGCACAAUCACUUCCAUGUCACAAGACCAUACAAAACUCAGUUCAGAAAUGAUUAGUAAGAGCAUAAUGGAGCUUGUAAAUCAGGACGCUUCUCUUAAGGUGAAGGUGAUCAUCGCUCAUGUUGCUGAGAAAUAUAGGUAUAUCAUAUCCUACAAAAAGGCAUGGAUUGCAAAGUGUAACGCAAUUGAGUCGUUGUAUGGAAAUUGGGAGACAUCUUACAACGAUCUACCGUAG